CAUUGUCUGCCUCGCCCCAGGCUGAUAUAACGCCGAGCUGCCCGGAGGAGAUGAAGGUGCUCCCCGCUUCGGGCCUGGCUCUGCUGCUCACCACGGCUCUCAAGUUCUCCACAGCAGCCCCCUCCCUAUUUGCAGCCACCCCCAGGACCUCACGGAACAACUACCGCCUCGCACAGGCGUAUCUUGACAAGUAUUACACCAGGAAGGCAGGGCCCCAGGUUGGCGAGAUGGGGGCGCCAGGAGGCAGAGCCCUGGUCAAGAAGAUCAAGGAGCUGCAAGCCUUCUUCGGGCUCCGCGUCACCGGGAGGUUAGACGGGCCCACGAUGGACGUCAUCAAGAGGCCUCGCUGUGGAGUUCCUGACGUGGCAAACUAUCGCCUCUUCCCAGGUGAACCCAAAUGGAAAAAAAAUACUUUGACAUACAGAAUCUCCAAAUACACGCCCUCCAUGACCUCCGCGGAGGUGGACAGAGCAGUAGAGAUGGCCUUGCAGACCUGGAGCAGUGCGGUGCCCCUGAGCUUCGCCAGGGUGAACGCGGGAGAGGCCGAUAUUAUGAUAUCGUUUGAAACUGGAGAUCACGGGGACUCCUAUCCAUUCGACGGCCCUCGAGGGACUCUCGCCCACGCAUUUGCACCUGGGGAAGGCCUGGGAGGCGACACCCAUUUCGACAAUGCUGAGAAGUGGACUAUGGGAAUGAAUGGUUUCAAUUUAUUCACCGUUGCUGCCCAUGAGUUUGGCCACGCGCUGGGCCUGGCCCAUUCCACAGACCCAUCAGCACUGAUGUACCCAACGUAUAGGUACCAGCAUCCCUACGGAUUCCACCUGCCCAAGGAUGACGUGAAAGGGAUCCAGGCCUUGUACGGACCCCGGAAAACAUUCCUGGGAAAGCCCACGGUGCCCCACGCACCGCCUCAAAAUCCAUCCAAGCCGGACCUCUGUGACUCCAGCUCCCCCUUCGAUGCCGUGACCAUGCUGGGGAAGGAGCUGCUGCUCUUCCGGGACCGGAUUUUCUGGCGUCGGCAGGUUCAUAUGAUGGCGGGGAUCCGGCCCAGCACCAUUACCAGCUCCUUCCCCCAGCUUAUGUCCAACGUGGACGCAGCUUACGAAGUGUCCGACAGGGGCACCGCUUACUUCUUCAAAGGCCCCCAUUACUGGAUAACAAGAGGAUUCCAAAUGCAAGGUCCUCCUCGAACUAUUUAUGACUUUGGCUUCCCAAGAUAUGUGCAGCGAAUAGAUGCUGCUGUCUAUCUCAAGGAUGUGCAGAAGACCCUUUUCUUUGUGGGAGAUGAAUACUACAGCUAUGAUGAAAGAAAAAGGAAAAUGGAAAAAGACUACCCAAAGAACACAGAAGAGGAAUUCUCAGGAGUUAAUGGCCAAAUAGAUGCCGCCGUGGAACUAAAUGGCUACAUUUACUUCUUUUCAGGACCAAAAGCGUACAAGUAUGAUACAGAGAAGGAGGAUGUGGUCAGUGUGCUGAAAUCUAGCUCCUGGAUUGGCUGCUAA